AACCAAUCUCGGGAUGUCCCUUUCACGUCCCCUCUACACGCCAACUUCAGAUGAACCUCUGUUUUCCCCCGGCAUGAUGCUUGUCCUUCCAACGUCUUCCCACAGACAAGACACGACACCCCUCGUCGGCUGGGAGCAGUCCCGCCGUCCAUUCCAUCAAGUGACUGUCGAUGCCGAUCACAAGGCAAGAGGAAGGGUUUAUCAGCGCACGUGCAUCAGCUUCUCUGGAUUCCCUUGCUUGCUUGCUUUGGCAUACUCUCAACUCGUGUCGGUAACCCGGGAGGAUGUUGGUCUCGCAAGAAUGGAAGCCACCACGGCACGGGCUUCUAAAACUGGACAAAGUGGAAACCGCAUCCGUACCAUCAAAGGAAAAGACCGAUGCCGGUACCGACGCUUGGUUCGGCCAGCCGGGGAUAUCGCAAGGAAUGUGGGUACGGAACGAACAGUGGAGAGAAAGUUUCCAAAAUCCUGAUCGUGGGGUUAACCUCAGGCUCCCCUCUGGAAUGGAACCCGGAGUUCAGAGUCAAGCUCCCGAGACUUUCUUCAACUCCACUGCCGAGUCCCGAAAAAGGUAUUGCCAAUCUUGCAACAGGCCACCAGCAGGCCCGAACCCCGUCAGGGGAAUAUACAAAACGGCAGAUCUUGCCCACUUCCCGCCAGUCAAAGACUUGUCCAGGCUCGUCCACCGCGCUCCUCAAAUUAUCACGGCGAAAUAUCGACAAGGUCGUCAUGGUCAGUCGUCAGACAUUAGCGAAGUCGUUUAUCGCUGCUAUCGGUAUCCCCGGCCUAGCCCCGGACAAUAUUUCACCCCCAUUGCACAUCCGACGACGACGACGACAACGACGGCGACGGUGCCCUGCCACACCAAUCAAACGAUUCAACUCACCUUUUCCAAUUCCUCCCCCUGACAUUCGCGCUCACAGAGAGAGUCAUCAUACACUCAAUCACGACAAUGCGGUGGUCGCACAAACUAACGACCUGACGGAUUUAAUGAGCAUGACAGCAUAAGCCUCUCGGGAAGUGCGGCCAAUGCUUGGAAUAAUCAAUAUCAUUGUCCAGCUUUCUUCCUAAAAGAGAGUUUGCCAAAGAAAACACCUAGCCACAAACGACACCAAGACGACCCAAGAAGGAGUCUCCAAAAGGUACAAGACCUUGGAGUCAGAAUUAUCGACCACUUCUGGAUGCCUUCUUUAAUAUAUUUCCUGCACCAACAUCUGCAUUCCCGAAAAGAAAUCGCCCUUUUGGAUUCCAUACAAGCCACAUUUGCAUGUCUUCUAAAAAGUGAUGAUUUCUCAUUAGUCAAAAGUCGGCUAAAGAGCAGAAGAAGAGGAUUGGGUCUGAAGCACCCCACCCGAUCUAGCUUAAAUAGGUGAAGAGUUGUCAGUUCACGUGACACACAACAAGUGGGUCUCAGCACCCUCCCAACCCUUCUCAAAAUAGCUUCGUCCCCGAAAUAAGACUCCUCUACUAAGAACCCCUAUCGUUUUAGAUCUAAAUACCUUUAACCUAGAUUUCCGAAUAAAGCGAAAUCCCCUCUUCAAUCCUAGUCUCUUUAGCGGUCUAUUUCUUUAAUUCUUUAAAUAAUAUUAUAUUUACCUCCUUUAUAUUUUGUAAAUAGUUUUUUUCCGUCUAUUCUAUACGCCUUUAAUAUUCCUUAAUAUAAUUUAUAUAUAACUUCCUUCUUAC